AUGCCGGAGUGUGUGUCGGUGUGUGAGUUCGUGCAGGAGGUGCAGGAGGACUGGAGCUCUCCCACCACCUCCUCGUUCACCUCCAAGAUGAUCAGCUGCAGGAACACCGUCUACCUGCUGGAGGAGGUUCUGGACAGCGACCGCUUGGUGCUGCAGAAGAUGAAGAAAGCCGCGAAAGCCAAAUACACAUCAGGACAAGAUCACGUUUCUCACCUGGAGCAGUACAUCAACUCCAUGGAGAAGCUGUCGGUCAACUGCCACUCCAACGGAGAGACGGAGGUCGGCUCCGCCUUCUGCCGCCUGGCCGACUUCUCCAAAGAGCUCCUGUCGCCCAUGAAGAACCUGCUGAAGAGCAUGCUGCACAACAUCAACUUCUUCCUGGACUCUCUGGUUAAAGGAGACCUGCGGGAGGUGAAGGGGGAUCUGAAGAAACCCUUUGACAAAGCCUGGAGGGACUAUGAGAGCAGAUUUAAGCAGGUGGAGAAGGAGAAGCGGGAGCUGGCUCGGCAGUACGGGAUGGUGAGGAGCGAGGUGAGCGGAGGAGAGAUCGCCGAGGAGCUCGAGAAGGAGAGGCGCUCCUUCCAACUGAGCAUGUGCGAGUAUCUGAUCAAGGUGAACGAGAUAAAGACGAAGCGAGGCGUCGACCUGCUGCAGAACCUCAUCAAACACUAUCACAGCCACAACAAUUUCCUGCAGGAGUGCGUCUCCACCACUCAGAGGCUGAAGCAGUACAUGGAGGAGCUGAACGGAGUCCUGACCACGGUGAAGCAGCGUCAGGACGAGGAGAAGAAGCAGCUCUGCGCCCUCAGAGACCAGCUGAGGCCGGUCGUCCAACCAGAGCAGGACUCGCUGCCGAAGCAGGUGUACAGCAUGCAUCAGCUGCUGGGAGACAAGCAGUACGGGACGGAGAGGUCAGGAUUCCUGUACAAGAAGAGCGACGGGUUGAGGAAAAUGUGGCAGAAGAGGAAAUGUUCGGUUCACAACUGUUACCUGACCAUCGCACACGCCACUCCGAACAAACCUCCCACCAGACUGAAUCUUCUCACCUGUCAGGUUAAACCCAGCGUGGAGGACAAGAAGUGCUUCGACCUCAUCUCUCAUAAUCGGACGUACCACUUCCUGGCUGAGGAUGAAGCUGAAUGUGUGGCCUGGAUCUCGGUGCUCAGCAACAGCAAGCAGGAGGCUCUGAGCGUCGCCCUGGACGGCGGCCGGAGAGGCGGCGGAGGCGGCGAGAGCAGCGUGGAGGAUCUGACCCGAGCCAUCACCGACGACAUCCGACGGAUGCCAGGAAACAGCAGCUGCUGUGACUGCGGAGCUCCAGAUCCUGGAUGGCUCUCGACCAACCUGGGCAUCCUGACCUGCAUCGAGUGCUCAGGGAUCCACAGGGAGAUGGGCGUCCACGUGUCCAGGAUCCAGUCUCUGAGCCUGGACAGCCUGGGAACCUCAGACCUGCUGUUGGCCAGAAAUGUUGGUAACUCUGGUUUUAAUGAAAUACUGGAGGCGAACCUGCUGAGUCCGUCACUGAAGCCAUCACAGCACAGCCACAUGGCCGAGCGCAAAGACUUCAUCCUGUCAAAGUACCAGGAUGUUCACUUUGUGAGGCGGAGCCAUAGUUCAACUGCAGCACUGCGACUCGGCCUGCAGGAGGCGACCAAGAGCUGCGACAUCUACAGUCUGCUGCAGCUGUACGCUCAGAAGGCGGAGCUUAGCCAGCCGCUGCACGCACACAUACAGGAGAAAGGUGAGACGGCGCUCCAUUUAGCCGUCCUAUUGGCCGACAGGACGUCGCUGCACAUCCUGGACUUCCUGGCUCAGAACUGCUCUAACGUGGACACCCAGACGUCGUCAGGAAACACGGCGCUGCACUACAGUUGUCUACACAACAAGAGCGACUGUGUGAAGCUGCUGCUGAGAGCCAGAGCCAACACACACAUCAAGAACGAGUUGGGAGAAACUGCUCUGGACGUGAGCCGCAGGUUGAAGCACGGCCACUGUGAGGCGCUGGUGAGUCCGUCGAACGGUCCAGUGAAGAAGGAGCGCUUCUCCUCCUCUUCGUCCUCCUUCACGCCCUCCUUCUCCUUCUCCUCGCGGCCCUUCAUCUUCAGCCAGUCCUCCUCCUCCUCCUCCUCCUCGGUGGCUCCGGCCUCCUCGGCAGCUCCAGGACCGGCAGCCGGGGGCCUCCUCAGCGUGGGCCGGAGGUUAGCCAUGGCCAUGGAGCUCCACAGCCGCCCGUCUGGCUCCGCCCCCAGCCCGCCGCCGCCGCCACCGUCCUCCCCCGCUCCCCCGCUGCCCCCCAGGGUCAAAGCUCCCAGCGUUCCUCCCCCGCCUCCCCCGGCUGGAGGGGAGGGUCUGGGGGAGGAUGAGGAGGAGGCCGAGGUGUUCUUCAGCCUGACGGCCAACAGGAAGACGACUCCUCCGCCUCCCAUCGCCGCCCGCAACAAGAGGAGCUGCUCCGAGUCCAGCAAGCUGGAUUAUGGGAUGCCGAGCAGCCCGAGGAUCUACAGCGGCCCCGAGUCCUCCUUCAAGAAGUGCGUGUGA